GAUGGCGCCGUCGCACAGGCAGGGAGGAGACCGGCUGAGCGCUCUCCCCGACACGGCGCUGGAGCGCGUCCUCUCCCACCUCGAGUCCGACGAGGCCGUGCGCACCAGCGGGCUCGCACGCAGAUGGCGGCGCGUGCACGAGGGCGUCCCCGUCGUCCACCUCGUCGACACCAAGACCGGCGAACGGAGCCGCGGCUUCGGCGAGCUCAAGGUCUGCUACGACCACCAAGUGACGAGCGCGAUCAUGGGCAAGGGCUCGGAGACACCGAUCCGCGUGCUGCGCCUCGACGCCUUCUACCCCCCGUACAACCUGCUCGACCAGUGGAUCGUCAUCGCCGUGAACUCCGGCGUCGAGGACCUCGACGUCGAGCUCAGGUACAACGAGUCCGGCCUGGGCGGCCGCCUCUGCCCCUUCACACCCGGCCUCUACGGACGGAAAAACUCAGCGGACUUCGACAAGAGCGACCGUAAUAGGUACACCCACACGCAGCGCCACAUCUUCGGGUGCCCCACGCUCCGCCGCGUGCGCCUGGUGGGAUGGAGGCUCGACAUGCCGGAAAACUUGGCCAUGACCAUGGCGUCGCUAGAGACACUCUGCCUCGCGAGGAUCAUGGACCCGCGUGGGGAGCUGCAGCGGCUGAUCUCGAGCUGCCCGCGCCUCGCCAGCCUGACGCUGGAGCAGUGCCCGAGCAUCAUCGAGAUCACCGUGGCCAGCGCCUGCCUGCGAAGCUUCGCCAUGAUCUGCUGCCACCACGCCACCGGCGUCGAGCUGCAGACCACCCGCCUAGAGUCGCUGCACUACAAGGGCGGCCUUCCUCCCCGCGGCUCGUCCUUCAUCACCGUCGCCAACUACGACGGGGUCAAAGAAGUGAGGAUCGAAAUCUGCGAGAAGCUCUCCAGCAAAGUGCCAGACGACAUCGCUCCGGUCACGACGCUCAUCCGCAGCUGCAAGAAGAAGCUCAAGUAUCUCCACCUUUCCUUGCGCCCAUCGAUGGCCUACUACAGCAGCCUGUUCACAAGCCUCCUGCGCACCCUAGACAGCCUCACGCACCUGAGCCUCCAUGGCUGCUUGCUCACCGACCACACCGUCCGGUCCGUCGCCGCUCUGCUUCUCAACACCUGGAACCUCGAAGUGCUGUCUCUGUUUCCUCUGGCGCCUGAGCCUCCAAAGGAGAAGACGCGACGUUAUUACCAUGAGGCAUCAGAUUCGGACUCAGAUACCAAGUCAGAGGACGGCACCAUCGACAGCAGCGUCGUGUAUAGUAGCCGGAUGCCCAAUAGUUUGUGGCAUACGCACGUCAGGUGCCUGGCUCACAAGGUGAGAAGAAUCAACAUUGCAAACUUCCAAGGGCGGCCUCUCGAAAAGAUGCUUGCAAGGUUUCUGCUCUCCAGGGCUGCAGCGUUGGAGGAUUUCACAGUUACGCUGGCAGAUGGAGUUGAUGCACAUCACGAUGAGGAAUCCACCGUUACGCCAGCAGAUGGAGUUCGUCCACAGAAGGAUGAGGUUGCCAAGGAGUUAAUAUCCUGGCGAUGCAACCGCCGUACUAGAGUCACUUGUAACUAGACGGCAGCAAAAAUUGCUUGCACUUGUCUAAUCCGAACUUCGAAAUAAUAAAUUAAUUUUAGUUUGUCCCUCUGUAAAGAAAUGUUAGUGAUCUUUUUUUUGAAACGGAGGCAAAAGCUUUGCCUCAUCUCAUUAAUAAAGCAGAAGAGAGUUGUCCGGUUAAUAAACGGAAAACCGGACGAAAACCGUAACAAACCGCUGAGCGGCACACACAUAAUACCACAUACACCUCAUAUAGAGGGUUUCGUCAACAUCACCCACCGGUGUCAUCGUCAUCACUUCUCCCCAACAGGCGUCAUCGCCCUCCCUAA